GUUUCAUUGUGUAAGUGUUCGUGUUUCUAGUAACAACUUUUCUCUACUCAUUAGAUAUAUUAAUGUUGCCAAGUAUGUGUAAUAUUAACAGUUAAUCUAAUGAAGUUUCAUUAUUUGAUUGAAAUCCUUUAAAACUUACUUGUAUUUGUGUAUCUGAAGGCCAAUAAAAGUUGAAUAAGUUUAGUAAUAUUUUAACGUUUCAAAUGUCAUUGGCUGAUGGAAACUUUAAUUUUAAAGAAUCUUUACGACGAAGGAGAUAUACGAUUAGUUCACCUUGUGAACAGAUAGGAGCUCAAGGGUUAAAAAUGGACAUGAAGAAUGAAAAAUUAUCACCAGAAGAAGAAAAGUUGAAUAAGAUGAGCUUAGAAGAGAAACUCAAGAUUCCAGUCAGUGAUCCAGCCUGCGUACCAGAGAAACCCGUGACUGUGACCUUUGCAGAGGUCACCUCAGCUGCCUUCAAGAUCAAGGAAAAUGUUGUGCGCACUCCUUGUGGGGUAUCACAUAUGUCUGAAUCUGAAGGAAUGGAGAUUUUUCUUAAACAAGAUUUUUUGCAGAGAAGUGGAAGUUUCAAGGAACGAGGGGCCUGCUACGCUCUGAUGAUGCUGCCGGAGGCCCAGAAGAAGAAAGGAGUGAUAGCUGCUUCAGCCGGCAACCAUGCCCAGGCACUCUGCUACCAUGGGAAGAAGCUAGGGAUACCAGUCACUGUGGUCAUGCCAGUGUUUGCUCCCAUUAUGAAGAUACAGGCGUGUUAUCGGUUUGGAGGCAAAGUGAUCGUGGAGGGGAGUAACAUGCAGGAGGCAAGGCACGUGGCCUUGGUCAGAGCUUCCAAGCUGGGACUGACCUACAUUAAUGGGUAUGACCAUCCCCACAUCAUCGCAGGCCAAGGCACUAUAGGACUGGAGAUCAUAGAGCAGGUGCAGGAUGUUGAUGCUGUAGUCAUACCGAUUGGUGGCGGAGGGUUGAUCGCUGGAGCUGCUUUGGCCAUCAAGAGUCUUCGCCCUAAUUGUAAAAUAAUCGGAGUGGAAUCUGACAGAUGUCCUGGUUUUGCCACCUCUAUGUCCUGCGGUAAGCCUACAAUUGUGUCUGUCAUGCCUUCGCUUGCAGACGGUUUGGCAGUUCCUCUUGUGGGAGUGAACGCUUUCCAAACUGCACGCCCGUACAUAGACAAAGUGGUGGUGGUGAAGGAGGAAUGGAUAGCCAUCGCCAUCUUGAGGAUGGUGGAGAUGGAGAAAUGUGUGGUGGAGGGGGCAGGAGCUAUAGGUCUGGCAGCUAUAUUGGCCGGUCAUCUCUCUGAGUUUAAGGGGAAAAGAGUGGUUCUAACUGUUAGUGGUGGCAACAUUGACACCACAGUGCUGGGCCGCUGCCUGGAUCGUGGGCUAACAGCUGAUGGCCGUCUCCUCAAAUUCUCUGUGGUGGUGAGCGACAGAGCAGGGAGCAUCGCAGAGCUGUGUACCCUGCUGGCUGAUGUGGGUGUCACCGUCAAGGAUAUCCUUCAGGAGAGAGCUUGGCUCAAGAAUGAUGUGUUCAGCGUCAAGGUGAAAAUUGUGUGCGAGGCUCGUAACAUCGGCCACUGUAAAGAGCUGAUGAAAGCUCUGACUGAUAAAUACGACUCUGUCAGCUUCGCCGGCUUCAUGCAGACUCUGGACUCCAACAUUCGGACCAUGUCUACUCCUGACCUGACUUCCAGCCCUUUCUACAAGAAGCUUCACAUGAGCGAGUCAGGUUCAGAAUAUUUGAUGUAAUGAAAAAAUCUAAUUGUUUUUCUAAACAUCUAUUAUUUAAUAAUAUUCUGUUUGAAUAAAAUAGACAUACUCUGGUUA